AAGGAACUGUCAAAUAAAUCUGUAUCUCAAAACAUAACCUAAGAAUAUUAUAAGAAUUAUAUUGUUUUGAGCAAACGAACAAUAUUGUUCGUUAGGAAUGAAUUACAACAUGAUAUAUAUAUCUAGGUGUUUUCGAUUGAACACCAGUACAAAGAGUGUCAUAAAGCGAUGUUUAAGUUCACAAGAAGCUAUUGAGCGUCGGCAUCAUCUCUUCAUAUUAGAAAAAAAACGUCAACUCGAUACUGUCGGUCGUAUUGAAAAAAUUGAAGUAAAAUACAAAGGUAUACCCAAAGAAUGUACCCUAGUGAUGAAUAAAGAUAUAUCAACACCGUACGAAUGUGCGAGACAUUUCAGUGAGUGGCACAUGGAGAGCAGUGCACUCGCAUUAGUGGAUGGCACAGUGUACUGGGAUAUGCACAGACCACUCACAGGAAAUUGUACCUUAGAGUUUCAAAGCUUUAAUAUAGCGGAACCACAGCAAGUCAAUAAGGCCUUUUGGAGAACAUGCUCCUUGGUGCUGGGAGCGUGUGCCACAGCGGCUUUCAAGGACUCGGUGCCAGUACACCUGCAUAGCUUUCCCGGACCUGACAUCCGCAGCGGCUCAUUCAUUUAUGACAUAGAUCUGCCGUCCUUACCUGACUGGAAGCCCACACCUCAAGAGCUCUACACACUAAGUGCAGAGUAUGUACAAUUAUGUCGAAAAAAGAUUAAUUUGGAACGGCUAGAUGUAUCAGAGGAGCUUGCUUUAGAAAUGUUUGUAGAUAACGAACACAAAGCAAAGCAAAUACCAAGUAUAGCAAGAAAUAAUGGGAAGGUAACUCUAUACAAGGUGGACAAACACAUUGACAUAUCCAAGGGACCAAUGAUCAGCAACACGGGACAGAUUGGGAGAGUCACCAUCACCUCAGUACACAAGCUGACAGGAGGUGGUGUGAGUGAUCCACCGCAGCUGUACAGGUUCCAGGGUGUGGCGCUCCCGACAGGAGUCAUACUGAAUCACUUCGCCUUCUCAAUACUCACAGAUAGAGCUAAGAAAUUGAACCCUGCUCGGUCUCCGAUGAGUCCCCUCAGUGAAGCUCAUUCUCAAGACAAGGCCGCAGCACGAGUGUAAAGGAUGUAUCUUAUUUAGGUUUAGCAAUAAACAUAUGAAUGAUU